UAUACGCGCCAUGUUAGCGGAUAUAGCUCUUUGUUUACAUGCGGAGUUGAUCAGAAGUCACGUCUGCACACACGUCUUGCUUUGCUUCCCUUUUGUUUGUUGGUAAAAUGGUUCGCUCAUGCUGCGUGAAUAAUUGCCAUAGUAAGUCCCACGACUUGAAUUGUAAAAAACUCAACAACCAGUUACGGUUUUUUAGGUUUCCCUUAUGGAAAAAGGGCUUUGGGACACAAGCAGAGGAUAUAUCAAAGAGGAGGCGGAUGGCCUGGGUUAAAGCGGUGAACCGGAGAUCCAUCACCUUUGCCAGUGUAUCUAAGUACAUGCUUGUUUGCUCUCGACACUUUCACAAGGGCGAACCUGCUUAUGAAAUGAGGGAGACUGAUCCAGACUGGGCACCAUCUCUACAUAUGGGCCACACAGACAGUACGCAGAGAUACGGCCGGCAAACAGCUGAUAUGGAUGUAAACCAGGCUGAAGAAAACCACCAGUCUCCCAAUGAGGGGGAAGCAAAUGAAGCUGGAAGAAAGGAUCCACUACAGACUGAGAACUUGGCUCAGGCGUCCACACAAAGUGUCCAAGAGGGCACCGAAGAUGGCGACCCUGGAGAAAGUGGCCAGGAAAACACUCAGGAAGGAACCCACAACACCAGCCCGAAGGUGGCAGACUUUCAAUGUAAUCUGAACCUGAAUGUACGACCAGAAAAUAUACGAAUUGUAAAAUUUGAGUUUUAUUAAUCACAACGCUCGGGUGAAUUUUAAGAUGAAUUCUUUGAAACCGACUGUUUAAAUCAUAACUUUCAGAAAAAGAUUCAUUUGUGUUUACAGGCUUUGUGAGUUCAUGAAAGCCAGCGGAGCUUUGCUGAUACUGGUUCAAAAUGUUGGCUCUCCUAUGGCACCACCUGCUGGAGUAAAAAUGCCCAAGACAAAUAUGCUACACAAAAGAAAUCAGGCAAUCUAAUCAUAAACAACGAUGUAAAUAAGAGAAGAAUAGAUCUAUUAGGAGACACACUGGUUGUAGGUUGAAAUAAGACGAAAAAAAGGCUUUUUGUAUGUGGUUAAAAACUUUUGCACAAGAGAGAAAAAGCUUCAUAGAAAGUUCAGAUGAGAGGAAAUCUGAGUCCUAUUAAUUUAAAUACUACAAUUAAGUGUUGUAGUACUCGAACCGGUCUGAAGACCACUUUUUGAAGGUCUUGUUCUUGUCUCUGAAUCGAAAGCAUUUUAACUCGGUCUUGUCCCGGUCUCAGACUGGGUAGACUCUGGAUUUUAAAUCAAGACCACCAUUGAAAGGCUUUUUUUCAUUGCUGUGAUUAGAAGAAAAAUGCCGGUUUCACUGAUAUUUAUGGUCUUGUCUCAGUCUCGCCCUGCCUUGGUCUUGACUCUCUCUAAAUGUCUUGGUCUUAUCUCGGUCUCUGAGCUCUCCGGUAUGUGUUGGUCUCGGUUAUGUGGUCUUGACUACCACACACUAUUAGAUGUUAAACUGCCGCAUGGCGUGAUUCUUACCUGAGCAAAGAGAAAACACUGUAGGAGUUCCUGACUGAACUCUGGUCGACCUGGAGCAGACUGUUUUUCUUCCGCUCCGACUGAUCCUGAAACAGCCACAUGUCAGUGUUGAAUAUGAGGCUAAUGAGAUUAACAAUGGAUAGCCCAUAAUGAUGCAGAUGCUCUGAAAGAUUGACCACAGGCUGUACCUUAUGAUCAAAGUCAGCUGCAUAGUAGCCAUCAUUCAAACCAAAGAUGAUCUCAUUUGGAUUUCUGGAUCGAAUCUGUGGACAAAGCGAGGCAGCAGAGAAUCAUUGCAGAGAACAAAGGACAGCGGGAAUCUGGAUGUGCAUGAGACGCUGCUAUCUGUUUAUGAGCUUUGAAAAUGGUCUCACUGUGAAGGAAUGGCAAUAACCCUGACUUCUUUUACAGCAUUUCACAUUUUCAUUGACUUGUUUCUCAGAACAGAGCUUCAAUGUGCAGAAUUUAGGCUUAAAGGAGAUAAUUAAUCCUUCAAACACUCACAUGCAGAAAGAAUUAAAAGUCAAAAUCACAUGAUCAUUCUUCACACUGCAGACUGUUAGGAUGGUUUUAAUGUUUACAACUGAUGGUUCACAUCUCUGAAUCAGUGCAAUGUGUGUGUGCUCUCAUUAUAACAUCAUCAACCUGGUAUGCUGCAUCGCUACGUGAUUGCUUAUAACUGGCAUUUAUUUCAAAUGUGAGGAAACAGACUAGAAAAAUAAACCUUGUAAUGAA